UUGCGUGUGUGUGUGCAUGUGCAUUGCAACCCCCGCUCCCCCCUUUUUUUCUUGCUGUAACUCCGUGAUCCCCAGACCCGAAUCGUGAGAACGCGUCUCGCCUUUCUGUAACCGAUCAGUCAGCUUCCCAAAGAAAACAGCAAACAAAAAAUGGCCGGGGGAGAAUUGCUGGGGGGCAAGAGGCGCAGCAGCCGGGACCCGGACGCUAGGACAGCGGCUUGCACAUCCGCCAUGGGGAAAUCUAAUGCAAAAUUAUGAUUUUACAAAGGCCUCUCGGAAGCUGUGCGCCUCUGGACUGGCUGGUUUUGGGGGGUUCCUCCUCCUGCUUUGGGAGGUGAAUGUGGGGGAUGGAGCGAUCGGCGGAGAGACCUUCCCUUUCUUAGGGGGAGGCGAAGCUGCUUGGAUGAAUAUUCAGGCAUGCAUAUUUUUCCCGAGAAGCCCACACCCUCUUUUUUUGCUAAUCCCCUUGCAAGCGGGCUCUGCCCAGUUGGCUGCCGUUGGGGGAGAAGAGCGCAGGAAUCGUAUUCUCUCCGACUUGAAGGACAUAUCCUGAAGCGCUGGAUCGCGCGCAAAGCGUCUUCUCCACGGGGGCAGGUAGACCGCGCGUCCCUACGCGCUGCUGUUAGGGACCCUGUUCUUGUGCAGACGUGCCGCGAUGUCCCCGCUCCGCAUCGGGAUAGCGGCUGCGGUUUUCCCUGGCGUUUUGAUCUCUCGGUGAACUCGGCGCACCUGGCUUCUCCCAGGUGAGAGAUGACCCGGGUAAACAGCAAAAUGAAGCCCUCUGGCCUGCGAGGGGAAGUUGCCUGAGGAGAAAAGGGCCGAGCGGGCCAGCCCCUGGCUGCGGUGCCGUCCGGCAACCUUACCAUGGCUCAUUCCAGCAUCUGGAACAGCCUCAAGUCUGUGCUGAGGAAGAACAAUGACCCCUUGUUCUUGAACGACUGCAGUGCCUUUGACUUCUCCGACGAAGUUGGCGAGGAGGACUUCCCCAGGUUCAACAAGCUGCGGGUCGUGGUUUCGGAGGAUGUGCCGGACGCUUCGGCCAACGGGGCCCAUGUGGGCCCCCACUCGGACGACGAGUCCUUGCUGGACAGAGACAUUGCUCUGCGGACCGCACAGACUGGACCCGGCGCAGAACCUUGUAACAAUUGCAACAAGCAAAGGGAACUCUUGAAGCAGAAGAAGGUGAAGAGGCGGCUGGUUCUAGCAGCCUCCCUCUAUCUCCUCUUUAUGACAGGGGAGCUUGUAGGUGGAUACGUUGCCAACAGCCUAGCAAUCAUGACUGAUGCGCUUCAUAUGUUAACUGACCUCAGUGGCAUUAUUUUGACCCUGCUUGCUUUGUGGCUAUCUGCAAAAUCACCGACCAAAAAAUUCACCUUCGGAUUUCACCGCUUAGAGGUGUUGUCUGCCAUGUUCAGCGUCUUGCUGAUUUAUAUCCUCAUGGUUUUCCUCUUGUACGAAGCUGUUCAAAGGACCAUCCACAUGGACUACGAAAUCAAUGGGGAUAUUAUGCUGAUUACAGCAGCCAUUGGGGUAGCGGUCAACCUUAUCAUGGGCUUUCUGCUGAACCAGUCUGGCCACCUGCACUCCCAUUCACAUUCCCCUGCCUCUGUUCCUCCCUCCAAUUCCUCUUCUGCCACAACUCUUGGGCACGGUCACGGUCACGGCAGCCUGGCAGUGAGAGCCGCCUUUGUUCAUGCCCUGGGAGACCUGGUGCAAAGUAUAGGCGUUCUUGUAGCUGCAUACAUCAUUCGUUUCAAGCCAGAAUACAAGAUUGCUGACCCUAUAUGCACAUAUGUAUUCUCAGUCCUGGUGGCUUUCACAACAUUUCGGAUUAUACGGGACACCGGAAUAAUUGUACUUGAAGGAGUUCCAAGGCAUUUGAAUGUGGAUCGCAUUAAAGAAGAGCUAAUGAAAAUUGAAGAUGUGUUUUCAGUGGAAAGCUUGAAUAUUUGGUCAUUGACUGCAGGAAAAACCAUUGCCGUAGUCCACUUGCAAUUAGUUCCUGGCAGUUCAUCAAAGUGGGAGGAAAUCCAGUUGAAGGCCAGGCGGUUGUUGCUGAGCACAUUCGGAGUCUAUCAAUGUUCAAUCCAGCUUCAGAGUUACAUGCGAGAAGAGAACAAAUCGUGUGCAAACUGUCAGAAUUCCAGUGCCUAAUUUUUCCACGCUUUUUUUCUUUUUGGGAGGACUCGCUGCCUUAUUCUUCUUAACCUUUGCAGCCAAAAGACCACGAAGCAAUAAAUGCAAGAUUUGCAAAUGGAAUGGAAUCCCUUAGGGCUGGACUAGUAUUGGCAAUCCUCUUGCAACAAGAAGGGUUUGGAACGGGGUCAGAAUUACCCUUUCCAUGACAACGUAUUGUAACUUUCUCGCUCGCCGUUCCUUUUGGCCAGGGUUUUCAUGCCAAUAUAUAUACAUAUCCAACAAAUUGUUUACAGAUCACGUUGCGGUUGGCGGAUACCUCGUAGAGCACACUUCCUCGUUGCCAUUUGUGACUUCCAACAGUGCUUGCCUGUUUUCCUAAAGGGCGCCAAGAAUUAACUACUUGAGUUGAAAAAGAGUUGCCAAGCUGGAUCAUGUCUGUGAUCAAAAAGGUUAAUGAUCCCUGAACUGGUUACACCAUAUUUUAUCUCUCUCCAACAGCUAUGUUUUUUUACUACCUUGCCUAAAACAAAAACAAAAAACGAUGCUGCAGGGAUAGCAGAACAUUUUUUAUAAGUUGUCUCUCUUCAUUCAAACUUGAAUACAAAUUGAGAAGUAUAGCUUUUGCAGUAACCAGUCCUGGAAAUUUUAGCUUUAACCUACGAUCCAAACCAGAAAAGGUCUUUUCCUGGGACAAGCUAUCGGUUGUUUAUCUGAAGACUUUGGGGCUGGACCCACUACGUUUGUAAGGAAUAGUUGUCUCUUGUAUCUUUCGGCGUAGGACUUUUACCAUAGAAAAGCAUAUUUAAAUUUCUUUUCAAAUAUAUAUAAUUUACUUUGAGACGAUUCUUAUUGAUCAUCUUGGAUAUCUAACGUUUUAGCCUGCUUCAAGAGGCUGUUUGGUUAAGCAUGAACCUUAAUUCUAGUCAAUAAACAUGUCGUAGGGGA